AUGGUAGGGCGAGAAAGGAGUCGUGUCACUUUCCAGAGCGAGAAGAAGCGUCUGGAAUACAUUUACCGCGAAUAUCCUCCAGAUACGGAUGAAGCAAAGAUUAACGAGAUGUGUGUACUUUUUUGUAAGUACUGCGGAGAGUAUGUGUUAAUUCUACCGCAUGCUCUCGAAACAUAUCCCAUUCGCAAGCGCGACAUGUCCAGAGUGAUUGAAGAAAGUGAGAACGAUUUUCGAUGGAAUCUACAUUAUGAGGGCGAUACAUAUGUUCGAAGAGAAAAUGGCAUAGAAAAGCAGUGCCGGUUAUACUGUAACCACUGCAAACUCUUUGUAGCUUAUCGCUUAACACCUCCUGGAAAAGAGAGCAAGUACUUUUACAUAGUGAAGGGGAGUCUAACCACAGACCCUGACGUGAUGAUGCACGAAGUGAAGAAUUAUAAGCUUCAGAUCCCUCCUUUUAUACAGCGGGAUCCAGAUGACCCUUCUCGCAGCUCCUUGGUGUUCUUAAAUGUUGCGUAUGGGAAGGAGGCGAAUCGGAUUGUCGGUGUUUCGGAUGAUUUACUAAAUAUUGAACUUACCUGUGCUUUUUCGCUUCAUUUCAUAAUUCUGAUAGAUCCUUACGUGGAAGAGGGGAGAGCGAACGCAUUAUUAAUUCAUUUCCUAUCCACAUUGCUGAAUAUACCGAAUAUUAACUGUUCUCUGAUGUACAAGGAUUCGAAGCUUGCUAUGAAGAUCGAGGAUAUUGACUAUGAAGACCUGUUUGUGAAGCUCCAAACAGUGAUGUUAAAAUAA